GUGAGAAUUUUGUAGGGGGAUCUGAUGUACUCGCUUGUGGAUCACAACUAUAUUGAAGAUCAUGAUGGCCCUUGAAACUAAAGAAAAUAUACAAAAGAUCUGCGAGGCACCUUUAAAAUGCCUCCAGAGCAAGGGAUUCCCUUGCAAUUUACAAUAUAAUGGAAGUUCUAAGGAUGGCUUUAUGGGGCUUAAAAACGAGUCUCUUACCCAUCAGGCUGCGAAUGUGGCUGAACCUGACUGCCCUAUUAGUAGUGAGCUUCUGGAGCCUUCCAAUGAAUUUCACAACAAACAUAAUUAUCACCAUGAUUACAGUGCCUGGUCAAACUAUCAUUUUAACUCGCAAAAGGUGCAGCAGUGCCACAUAAAUGCUUUUGAUGGCCAUUUUUACCCAUUCCCUGUUGAGAGCCAGUUUCAGUAUGUUCCAAUCAACUUGUACGCUGCAGGCCACCCCCCUGAAUUUCAAUAUCAAGAAUUUCAGUAUUUUGUGGUCAUAGACUUUGAGGCUACCUGUGACAAGGAUAAAAAUCCCCACCCUCAAGAAAUUAUCGAGUUUCCAUCUGUUAUAGUGAGUAGUGUGACUGGCCAGCUGGAAGCAUGCUUUCAGACAUAUGUGAGGCCCACCUGCAAUCAGCUUCUGAGUGAUUUCUGCAAGGAUCUGACUGGCAUCCAGCAAAUCCAGGUGGACAGAGGUGUUACAUUGAGUGAGGCCCUCCUUAGGCACGAUAAAUGGCUUGAGAAGAAAGGAAUAAAGAACACUAACUUUGCUGUGGUUACAUGGUCUAACUGGGACUGUCGGGUGAUGCUAGAAUCUGAAUGCCGCUUCAAGAAAAUACGGAAGCCUCCUUAUUUUAAUCGAUGGAUCAACUUGAGGAUUCCCUUCCGUGAGGUAUUUGGUCCUGCAAGGUGCAACCUAAAGGAGGCUGUUGAGAUGGCAGGUUUGGCCUGGCAGGGCCGUGCUCACUGUGGUUUGGAUGAUGCCAAGAAUACUGCUCGCCUGUUGGCACUCCUCAUGCGCCGGGGUUUCAAAUUUUCCAUCACAAAUUCUAUAAUGUGGGAGGCUGCUGAUCAAUCAUAUAUCUUGAAGCUGUCACCAGAGCAACUCAACUUUUCUCCUCAGUACCCCCAGAAAACAAAGGAUACGCAUAUGAACACUCCAAUGUUCCAGUAUCAUCCUCACUGUUAUUGUGGAGUGAAAAGCAGUAAGGGAAUGGUUAGAAAACCAGGACCCAAGCAAGGGAGCCAUUUCUUUGGCUGUGGAAAUUGGACUGCUACUCGAGGUGCUCGAUGCCAGUACUUCGAAUGGGCUUCUGCUGCCUAACUGAAUCUGAUCCAUUAUAGUCAAAUCCUAAGUUUGCUUAUAUGUUUUAUGUGAAAAAAGACAAAAGACAAAAAAACCAAGAAAAGAAAGAAAGGAAAAAAAAGGGAAAGUGGAUGAUGAAAGUAGGAGAAUCUAAUGGAAGCAUGUAUGCCUGGUUGCUUGGUGAGGUUUCUGCUUCAUGAGUAAUAGACAGAACAGUAGUUGGCUCGUAAUAUUAUGCUUAAUAGUGUAUGCUCAAACAUUGAAGUAGUGUUGUGAAGAGGGAGGGGAGAGAGAGAGGCUCAACCUGUAAAGCUGACUUGUUGACUGGAGAACAUAUCGGGAAUGGGUAGUUAGGGUGAUGCUUUCGAAUGAAUGCUCAGGCAUGUUAAGUUAUCUUGAAUAAUUUGUGAGGUAGGACUAUUUGUUUCCUUGCUUGCUCUAAAGGCUAUAUCUAUAUUCUGCCUGUA